CGCCAGCGUCAGUCCCUCAGGCACAUGGUGCGAACGUUGGAUAUCUCGUUACGGAGCUUCCUGGUUUAGCCAUAGCGCAGACGCGCUGCAGGAACAGCUCGAGAGAUAGCCAUUGAAUGACGUUGUGGCAUGUCCUUCCACUACCGAUAACGGCUGAUAUGGGGCGGGGAAGGUUGCAUGGCCAAGAUCGCCAAGAGAGGCGGGGGAUGGGAAAAUGCAGAUUGUCCUGUGCCAUGUUCACAGCGCUUGCUGUCGGCUUGAUAGGCCCAGUGACUUCCGGAGGUUUGAUUCGGGUCGGCUUGAGGCCGAAGAGAGACGUCUGUACGAGUCGCGCCCCAUAUGGACCUCCCCCCACAACCCUCUCAGCCCGCAACGGAGCUCGGCUUUGGUCAGAGGUCAGCCAGGCACUGGAGAUGGAUAUCCUUCUUCAUAUUCCAGCCAGCGACGAGUAUCUUGCAAGACGCAAUUCGAUUAGACGAGGUUACCGUACGAAAGUUCCAUUCGCAUAUUUCUUAAAGAAGUAACACAGUGCGAUGAGUAAGAUGGAACCACCAAACCUUUGGAGACCUGGCACCUGGCCAGGACAAGCGCGCUAGCUGUUUCGGGACUAGGCUCUUUUCCACCCGUGGACGCUCCAGCUCCAACUCGCCUGCACCUUCGUGCCGUGAUCUCCACCAUCACUGCACAACACACAUCCCCAAAGUUCCUUCUUCAUUGAACUGGCUCAGUAUUGAGAACG